AUGGAAGUGAAGACCACGGCCGGGCCAUCAUCGACGAAAGGGGCCGCCCCGAGGCUUCAGUACGCGUUCUAUCGACCACCGACCAAGCGCCUCUACCGCAAGCUCGAGGGCUGGUUGUGGAAGAAGGGCGCCAACAGCGUCAUCUCGGGAUGGAAGCGGCGCUACUUCUACCUGAAGGACAAUCGACUCUACUACAGCACCGAUCCGCAAGCGGAGCCGAUCAACUACAUCCUCCUCACAGCAGCGGCUGCAAUCGAAGCGCCGCUGCAUCCCGAUCCGCGAUUCCCUCACUCCUUCCAUCUUCGAACGACCUGCACCAAGCGCGUCUACGUGCUGGCGGUGGAGGACGCCGAGGACGUCGAGCGCUGGGUGGGCGGCGUGCGGGAGGUAAUCAAACUGCUGGCCGACCGCUACUCGCUGCACAAGGACUUCAUCAAGCAGUACAUCUUGCCUCCAGAUGAACCGCAAGAGGCGUCGUCGACUGCUUCCUCCUCUGCCGCUCCAUCUUUGGCCAAGAGCGAGCGAGGCCGACCCAAGAGCACGCCCGCUCCGCUGCUGGGUCCAAGCUCGGCGCGGCCCGUCGUCGACCUCCUCAUCACCCACGCGCACCUCAACACCAACCACAAGCUGGCCCACGCUGCCGGUCGCGCGGGCCUCUAUCUGGAGCUGUCGCUGGGCAGGCAGAGCCUCCGCACGUGGUCCUACCAUCACUCCAAAGCGGACGUCGGGCAUGCGGAAUCGUCGAGAGAGGUGCGAAGGACCGAGAACCACUACGACCGACACUCGCCCGCCACCUCGCCGCACAUUCGCAACCUGUCUUCCGCUCGCUCGAAUACGUCGCCGCCCGCAUCGCCGCCAUCGUUGUCGUCGUUCAUGCCCUCGCCGUUGCUGUCGUCAUCUUCAUCGGCGUCCUUCCCAUGGGCCGGAUUGGGCUGCACGUUCACGGAGGAGGGCUCGGGCGAGGAUAUCAUGGAGGGGGCAGGCUGCGUGAAGGUGGCGCUCUGGCAGAUUGGCGGAUUGGGUUCGGCCGACACGCUGGUAGACGAGCAAUGGAUCGAUCUGGCGACCAUACCUAUGGACAAGGCCGAUGAGGUCACUCUGGCCUUCUCUUUUUCCUUUGCGGUCUCUCCGCUGUCAGAUCUCGGACCACGCUCGAACAAAUCUCAGUCCAGCGGCAACCUGAGCCCGAGGAAUCAUCAUCCAUCCAAGUCUAUGAUGAAGGUGAGCGCGCCACGCAAAGCGGAGCCCGCAAAGAAGCAGUCCGAGUGGACCAAAGCGCGCGUGUCACCUGCGUCACAAAACGGGUAUCGUAGCCUCUCACCGGUACACGGCGCCGCAGAGGGGAACAACCCGCAGCCGAAACCCAAUCCCCGUCCAGCCGUAGAGACGACGCUGGCCAACAACUGGAAGACCGAGGUGCUGGGCACGCUCGCUGUGGCGGAUUUUGCGACGCGGGGUAUAGAACAAGAGGAGAAGGAGCUGGAGGAAGAUGAACGAGAAGAGGAGCGAGAGCGUGAGACCAUGUCAUCGCCAUCUCAACGCAACGGUCAACGAUCCACCGAGGACGCGCCAUGUACAGUGACCAUCAAGGUCCAAAAGAGUCCGCGGUCGUUCGACAAGUCAGCGCUGUUGCAAGACCGGGGCAUCGCGUCCACGUCGAUCCCCAUGCGACUGGACACCGGCGACAUCGUGCUCUUCGACAAUUCGCACAUUUUGGCGUACGGAACAAAAUUCUUCACCAUGAGCCACUGGGAUCAUGUGGCGAUGGUGGUGCGCUGGUGGAACAACGAAAUCAGACUUCUUGAAGCCACCCUGGAGGGUGGUGUGGAGAUGUACAAUUUUGACGAUAGAAUCGAGUUACUGCGAACGGUAUCGAAAGUCGCUAUACGACAGCUCUCGGUGCAGAGGACGCCCGAGAUGAUGGACGCAAUCUACCGGUUCAUUGAUGAGGUGCAGGGGCGGCCAUUUCAAAAGAACCGACUUUCCAUGGUCAAGGCCUGGAGCGGGCUCAACACGGAGGAGGACUUCUCGUCGCUCUUCUGCUCGGAGCUGACGGCGGCGGCCUACAAGCGCAUGGGCCUGGUGCGUGACUCGUCCAAGUCGAGCAACAACUACAUGCCCUCGUGCUGGGCGGGCAAGGGCCGCACGGAGGACACCCGAAUACCGCUCAAGCCCAGCGUGCGCCUCGAACGCAAGGUCGUGUUCCCCAUCACCAAGUAG